AUGUGGCAAUCAGUGGUGUCAUCAGUACUGUUUAUCAUAUCAUUUCAUGCAGAGAGAAGCACUGGCGAGUUAAAUAAUUACAACGAAAAGAUCGUGUUCACUUUCAUUAAUACCGUAGCAAAACGUAGUAAUGUCAGCCGACUUUGCGGUGAUAGCCUUACAAAGAUUGGUCCAUAUCUAUUCGAUUACAAUACGAUCCCAGCUCAGAAGGAUUUCUUUAUUACAGCCUAUACAUCUGGUGAUGCAGAGCAAUUUUUCAGCAGGGAUCAAGAUCGCUGGGUGUUUCGAGCAUACAAGUGUAUUCAAGCAGCCGGAGAGGCACCCUAUUCAAAAUCCGAGCAUCCUCUGCAUUACUGCUUUGGUUAUAAUGAAAACAAUGAGAAAAGUAAUGGAGUGGCAUAUGGGAUUUGUAUUCCAUCCACUUGUUAUAAUGACCGAAACAAGUUGCUGGAUGAAUGGCGAUCAAUGGUAUCUGCCGAUACUUUGGCAGUCGAUUACACCUCAUGCACCAAAUCACGUCAUGACCAGCAGUGGUAUCAGAAGCCAGUAGCCAUGGCGGAAUUUAUUCUGCAUCAGAACUUCAUGCUGCUUGUUGUAGUUGCCACUGUUUAUCAUAUCAAAAAGGGGAAGCAAACCAGGAAUAAAUGGACAGAAAUCUUGUUGGCCUUUUCCGCAAAAAAGAAUUUGCUGAAAUUGAUCCGAAUGCCAAAAGAUUCACAAUCAACGAUCACUUGUAUGUUCGGUAUGCGUUUCCUGUCAAUGGUCUGGACCGUUAUCGGUCACUCAUUCAUUUUUGUGCAGGCAUAUUUGGAUAACGUUGAAGAAUACAAGGAUGAUAUGGUCGAUCAUUUCUACAAUCAGUGGAUUACAAAUUUUACACUCGGCGUUGAUACUUUUUUGGUUCUCAGUGCUACGCUGACCGCUUUCACUUGGUUUACAAAAAUUCAUAGGAAUUUAUCAGAAACGGUGCCAACGUGGACAUCGUACGGUUAUUGGUUACGUUAUUAUCGUCAUCGAAUCAUCCGUCUAUGGCCAGCUUAUAUAUAUGUGUUGGUGGAUGUUGGAAUGCGUGCAUCAAUCCAACAUUUCCAUCCGAUGUGGCCUCCCACUGAUCCGGCUGUCCAGUGUCCCAAACACUGGUGGGAAAAUGUCCUCUUUGUAAACAGUUUGUUUGAAAAUCGCUGUAUGCCGUGGACAUGGUACAUUGGUACCGAAUUCAUUUACUACCUCUUGUCACCGAUAUUCUUGCUACUCUUACAUAAAGUGCCAGGAAUCGGGUUGGCUGUCUCAGUGAUAACUAUAAUGUCAUCUGGUUUUCUAAAUAUGUUUGGCAUGAUACAUUGGAACUUUCCGCCAACUCAGUUGCUCUGGAGGCAACCGGAGAUUUUUAGUGCUGACUUUAUUAAGCACCAUGUGUUAAUGUACAUAAAGCCGCAAUACCGAAUAGGACCGUAUAUUGUCGGUUUACUGCUAGGCUAUUAUUUAGUGAUUGUUCAAAAGUGUACGAAAAAAACGCUCCAACAAAGUAUGAGGUUACAAGCAAUCGGUUGGAUUUUUGCAUCUAUUGCUUGCUUCUGGGCCAUUUUUGGCUUAUACCCUGCUUUACAGGGUUGGGAUUGGCGCAUAUAUAAUCUUUUCUAUGGCGGUUUCCACCGAACAAUAUUUGCUCUGUCUAUGGCUUGGCUUAUUUAUGCUUGCCAUACUGGUAGUGGAGGAAUCAUCAACAGAAUGCUUAGCAUGAAAUUGUUCAUACCAUUAUCAUCGCUUUGCUAUUCGGUAUAUUUGGUGCACAUGGUGUUAGUAGUAUUCACGUAUCUGCUAGUACCAUUUCCCAUCAUUUAUACAACAAAAUGGCCAAUUUUUGGGCACUGUGCGGUUCAACUUACAUUAUCUUACGUUUUUGGUAUCAUUUGUGCGUUGCUUGCCGAACUACCAGCACUGAAUCUAGAAAGGAUCAUCUUUCAUCAUGGUCAUAAAAAUACUGCUGUGCAACUGGCUAAAGAUUGUGGACUGCAGCAAUCUAAAAUAGCCGAUAUUGGAUAA